AUGCAGAGGGAUCCAACAUCUUUAGCUGGAAAUUCCUCCUUUGCUUAUGGAUAUGAAGCGGAUAAUUGUAUGGCAAAUGGACUUUUGGGUGUUCAGUGCAACCACAGCGUUCCUGUUUCACCUGCCUUAGCAGUCCCUUCGGGCAUCACAAGCCCUCACAUCCGAAGCCCACUUGAUGCAUUUGAGCUCCAGCCUUCCAAGGUAUGCCCCAGAAAUUUCAUCAUCUUUAAUCACACUGAUGAAAAAGGAUGCAUCAUGUAUCAUCCAGCCUUGGUGAACAAUCUGAACCCCGCAAACAUCGAUUUGCUCCAAUGCCAUGGUGAGAUGGUUUCUAGAAGUUCAGGCCAAGACAAUGGCAAUCUCGAAGAACAGUCCUCAUCUUUCAAGGAGGAUACAGAAGAAAUCGAUGCACUACUGAGCUCUGAUUAUGACAGCGAUGAAGAUGAUGUUGUGAGUACCGGGCGUACUCCGGAUCCCUUGGAAAGUGGUCCCUUUGAAUCAUCUUCACUGCCAAGGUUUAAGACAACUAGUCAAGUUUCUGGAAACAGUUCAGUUUGCUAUGGAUCCAUGGAAAAUGUAACUCAUGAGAAGAUCAGGAACGUGGUCACAGUUCUUAGGGGUAUAAUCCCUGAUGGAGAUCAACUGGAUACUUCUUCUGUCCUGUAG